AGAGAGAGAGAGAGAGAGAGAGAGAAAGAGAGAGAGUAAGAGAAAGAAGAUCGAACAAAAUAAGACGAUGGACCCGUAUCAAGAGGAACAGCAACGACAGCAACGACUGCAGAAGCAUCGUCACCAGCGACAGCUGGUAAUAGAGACAAAGUUCGUUGACGUAAAGCCGAUUAAGUAUCGCGUCGUUCGUGCGAGGAUUGUCCUGUGAUCGGCCUGAUAGACCUGUUACUGGAAAAUCGAAAGAGAUAGAGAGAGAUAGAUAUAAAGAGAGAGAGAUAUAUAUAUAUAUAAAGAAAGAUAAACAGAGAUAAAAGAUAGGUCGAAGAGUUAGAAAAACGGCUGGACGAUGCAUCACAGUGGAGGUGUUGGUUACGGCAGUGGCCCUCAAGAACGAGUACAUCAGGUGCCUCGUACUGCUACCCAAACCGACAAGUAUCCCUUCGAGGGUUAUCAAGGCCAGAUACCGGAUUGCUGUGCUGCUGCUGCGGCUGUCCAGGACCCCUAUCCUAGACCACCGAGCGGUUACGAUGGCAGGUGCUACGAUGAAUAUCAUCGUACGACGCCUUAUCAAGACGAUUCCUAUUCUCAGGAUGUGCCCCCGACCUUCCAUCGACCUCAGUCCAGACUGGGAUACGAGGAAUGUCCACAAUCUCGCGUGGGAUAUACCUCGGAUUCCAGGUGUGCCAGUGGACUCGGGUACGAUGACACGGGCGGGGGUUACCUGGAUCAGACUGACCCAAGGAUGUAUUGCACCGGCGGUUAUUGCAUGGGGGAUACGAUGAUGGCCACUAGCAGAGGUGUCUGCGGCGAGGAAGUUGAACUCGACAUGCGGAGGCAUAUUCAAGCUUGUGCCUGCACUUGUAAUCAUAUGGGAUAUGGAAAUUACAUGGACUAUCAGACUACGUGCCUAACACAACUGCCAGACGUGGCACCGUGCAAUGGCACCGUGCGACUACCACCACCGUGCGAAGACUCGCCAAGUAGUGGAAGCAGCAAGGAUCGUAUGGACGAGAGUCCUCGUAGAAGAUGCCGAGUCUUGACGCCUAUCCUUCUUCUGAUAGCGGCUUUGCUUCUUGGUGGUUUAUGCUUACCACUCCUGUUACAAUCCGUACCUGUCACGCAUCAGCAGAGACUGGACGUGAUAAGAAGGAUUCUCACUGAAGUGCCUCUAAUCGAUGGGCAUAACGAUUUGCCCUGGAACGUGAGAAAGUUCGUACAUAAUCAACUGGGCGAAGUUAACUUGAGUAGCGAUCUCGGUAGAGUGGACCCUUGGGCCAGGUCAGACUGGAGUCAUACAGAUAUUCCUAGAUUGCGCGCUGGCCUCGUUGGUGCACAGUUUUGGUCCGCCUACGUUCCCUGUGAUGCGGCUCAGCUAAACGCAGUUCAACUUUCUCUAGAACAAAUCGACGUAAUUCGUCGGCUUGCCGAGAUGAAUGCUCAACACUUAACUCUGGUUACUUCUGUCAAGGGCCUGAUCGAGGCACAUCGCGAUGGAAAAAUUGCAAGUCUGAUAGGAGUCGAAGGUGGUCAUUCUCUUGGGAACUCCUUGGGUGUUCUCAGAACGUUUUAUGGCCUUGGGGCACGAUAUCUUACUUUGACACAUGCUUGUGACACUUCCUGGGCAGUAUGUUCAGUUGGCGAGACGAAUAACACUCAAGAUGAGACACCUGGGCUCAGUGAAUUUGGAAAGGCGGUGGUAAGGGAAUUGAAUAGGUUGGGCAUGCUAGUAGAUCUCUCUCAUGUUUCCACAAGGACGAUGAGAGCAGCACUGCAAACGACUAGGGCACCAGUGAUUUUCUCCCACAGUGCUGCAAGGGCACUCUGUAAUUCCAGUAGAAAUGUACCGGACGAUGUACUCAGGAAUCUAGCAAAAAAUGGUGGAGUGGCGAUGGUUCCGUUUUAUACGUACUUCAUAACGUGCAACAACACCGCCACCAUUAAGGAUGUUAUUGCACACAUUAAUCACAUACGAAAGGUGGCGGGGAUCGAUCACGUUGGGAUAGGAGCUGGCUUCGAUGGAAUAAAUUUCACUCCUACUGGCCUGGAAGAUGUAUCGAGAUACCCUCAAUUACUGGCAACGCUGUUAGAAGAUCCAUCGUGGACCGAAGAAGACAUCAAAAAAUUAGCUGGCCUCAAUUUACUAAGGGUAUUCGCUAAAGUCGAACAGGUACGCGAUGAAUGGCACAGAGCUGCGGUUUUACCAGUGGAUAAAAUUAGUCCACCAGAUAAUUCGGCCUGUGCAUAUGGAGCGUCCUGAUCCUCUUCCUUACGUGCGUUGACAUCAGGAUAUUUGGAAUUCGUACGAUCGCCGAAAAUACGACAUGCCUUGCGCUUCUAUAAGACCUAUUAAGAAGUGCAAACAUGAGGGAAAAAAAGAAAAAAAAAGAGAAACCGAGAGUUUGUUCCUUUACGAAAAAACUCCUUCCUGGUCUUCCAAAGACCCUAUCGCGCCUUAAUGGAAAAGAAAGAUUGAUGGUUAUUACAUUAUCUGGAAGAAACACCUUCAGAACAUGUACGUUUCCUCUAUCAACGACUAUCACUUUCUAUUUCCUCCAAUUAAAAUAUAACGCGACGAAUAUAUAGUUAGAUUUUAUUUUAAUUUCUAUCAAUUUUCACGUGUGAGUUGUUUUCUUUUUUUUUUUAUACAUAUAUAUAUAUAUAUACAUAUAUAUAAAUAUAUACAUAUAGAUAUACAUAUACACUUAAACCUCGUAGAAAAUUCUUCUAACCAAAAGCUCACACAUUUGAAAACAUUUUAUUAAUACGUUCUGAAGGUGUAUGAGACACGUGUGUAUAUGCAUGCAAGGAUGAAUGUCCUUUCGUGAAUGACUUCUAUAGAUGCGGACAAUCGACCUGACAGAAUCGUUUUUUGAGAGAAAUGAACCAGCGCCAGACCCGGCGAUUUUAAAAAGAGUCUGAGACUAAUGAUUUUUUUAUACUUUUAUCUUCGAGUAAGUAAUUCAAUAAGCUGUACGACGAUGAGAAUCUAAUCUACAUGUAAUUGUAGGACACGCGAUAUAUUCGAUUUGUGUGCAUAAGGAAUUCUACGAAAUCAAUUUGAACGUGAAAUCAAUUCGUAUAUAUACCUACGUGUUGCAAUAAGAAACAAGAAUUUAUUUGUAAUAUUUUUCAAAGUUAACUUCUCUUCAUUUUUCUACUGCCGGGAAGGAUCAUUAGAGAUACCAUUAAUACGUGCAAUAUAAGGUACAAAGUUUGACCAGUUGACACACAAUUUAUUAAAUACACGUCGAAUGAUCGAAGUUGAACCAAAAAAAAGAAGAAAGGAAGAAAAAGAAAAGGAGAAAAAGAACAAAAAUAUAAAUCAAAUGCUUUUAAAAUUAAGUUCGAGGCAACAGUGGAAAAUCGUUAUCACAUAUCUUAAUAAUUUAACAUUUGGCUUCCAUUGUGCUUCUAAUUCUUUACUCGAUAUUCCAAAAGUCCGGUAUUAAAAAGCUCAAGUUUAUCUUCGAACAUAACCAUUAGCAUCAAUUAAUCGAUCAGAUUAUACCAAAAACACAUAGAGGAGAAACAAUUUUUAAUUAGAAAGAUAAAUUUUAAGACUCGCUUCUGUUAGUAAAAGAAAAAAAAAAGAAAAAAGAGAAAAAAGAAAGAAAAAAAAUGUCUAAUUCUAUCAUGUAGGUAUGUUAGCUUUACCUUGAAAGAAUUACUUUAACAGAUUAGUAAACUGAAGAACGACCUAUUAACGUCAUCAUUAACAUUAAACACUGCCGAACCGCACCAUUCUAUAAGACCCUUCAAAAUACCAACGUCAUUCGAAAUAAACUAUUAAUAAGUUAACGUACCAACAGUUUGAACCAACAAUAAAUAUUUCAUUUCGUGCCAAUGAAGAAGAAAAUGGUCGCGGUGUAUGAAAUGUUUCUAAUACAUCUUGUAUAAUAAAACUACAACCUACGCACUUUCAUACGAAUAAAUCAUACGUAACUUAAUAAUAUCGAGUGAGAUAAACGAUUAAGUGUUUCUUGAAAUUAAUUUUAAACUUAUUACAUUCAUAUAUCCAAUUGUUUAUUUUAUAAUAAUAUAAAUUUAUUUAUAAAUUCUCAUUGUAAAUAUCCUAUGUAAAAUUAGAAAGGAAACAUAUUUCACAUUUUAUUAACGAACCGUUUAAAAGAAAAAAUAAAUAAAUAAAUAAAUAAGACGAUAACUCAAUCGUUUAUUGCAUUCGCAACUUUGCAAAAUAGUAUGCAUGAAUAAUCGAUAAGAAUCGGUAAUGAUAAAUAUGUAUUAUGUGAGUAGACAAAAAAAUCGAACGAAUUAAUGCGAUGUGCAAUGUGUAUGUGUGUGUGUGUGUAUAUAUAUAUGUAUAUAUAUAUAU